AUGGGACACAAAGAACUUUGUGAGGGCAAGAUGGGAGCACUCUGGCCUGAAGAGGCACCAAGUGACGUGUUGACCAGCCUGCCAGGGGCCAGUGUCACCCUGACCUGCCCAGUGGAAGAACUUUCAGACAAUACCACUGUUCACUGGCUGCUCGCCGGCUCACCACACAAAAGGUGGGCUGGUGUGGGAAAGAGGCUGCUUCUGAGGUCAGUGGAGCUCAGUGACACUGGGAACUAUUCAUGCUACCUGGACGGCCACCUGGCAGGAACUGUGCACUUAUUGGUGGAUGUUCCUCCCAGGAGACCCCAGCUCUUCUGCUUCCGGAAGAGCCUCAUCCAAAAUGUUACUUGUGAGUGGAGUCCUCAGAGCGCCCCUUCCCCAAUGACCGAGGCUGUACUGUUCGUGGAAAAGUUUCAGAAUGGCCCGGUGUACUUCCAGGAGCCAUGCCAGUAUUUUCAAGAGUCCCAGAAGUUCUCCUGCCAGUUGGCCAUCCCAGAGGGGGACCAGUCUUUGCAUUCAGUGACCAUGUGCAUCGCCAACAGUGUGGGCAGCAAGUUGAGUGAAAAUAAGGCAUUCCGUGGUUAUACAAUCCUGAAGCCCGAUCCUCCCACCAACAUCAAAGUCACUGCCAUGCCUGGAAACCCCCGCUGGCUCAAUGUCACCUGGCAAGAUCCCCACUCCUGGAACUCAGACUUCUACAGGCUCCAUUUUGAACUCCGAUACCGGGCUGAGUGGUCAAAGUCAUUCACCACAUGGCUGAUCAGAAGUUCUCAGUAUCGCUGCAUCAUCCAGGAUGCCUUGCGUGGUACAAGGCACGUGGUGCAGCUCCGAGCCCAGGAGGAGUUUGGGCUCGGCCAGUGGAGCAACUGGAGCCAGGAGGUCCUUGGCACUCCUUGGACAGAAUCCAGGAGUACUCCAGCUGUGACUCUGUACCCUGCCAUGCAGACCACUGCUGAGGAAGAGGAAGAUGCCAACAGGAGUUCUCCAAAAGCAACAAGCCUCCCAGUACAAGAUUCUUCUUCCUCAUCACUGCCCACAUUCCUGGCGGCUGGAGGCAGCCUGGCGUUUGGGUCCCUCCUCUGUAUUGGCAUUAUCCUGAGGCUCAGGAGGACAUGGAAGUCACAGAUUCUGAAAGAAGACAAGGCGAGCAUUCAGCGGCCAUGUUCCUUGGAGCAACCCAAGCCUCCCAUUGUGCUUGUUCCUCUCCUCGCCACACCAAUGACCACCGGCCAUCCUGGGUCCCUCAGCACUUUGAGCCACAGCCAACCAGAUGCCAGGAACCCACAGAGCGCUUAUGACAUGGGCAACAGAGACUGCUUCUUCCCCAGAUAGUUGUCUGGAUGACAGCACCAGCUGGUUCAGCUCAGGGCCCUUCACUGCCAUUCCUGCUCAUCUCAGGGUGGAGGCUUCAGCCUUACUGUCUCAGAAGAGCCUUGCGGAGACGCUUGAGUUUUCAAGCCUCCCUUCCCAAAUGCUCUGCUUCGGGAUGUCAUAUGGAACCCAGGGAGCUAUGUGGAGUCUCCAUUGGACACUGGGUGUGGAGGAGCUGCUGGUCACCCCUACACACCCCACAAGCUACACCCUCAGCAGGAGGAUGGCAUUCCAGCCAAAAGGUCAUCCAUUUGCCCAUCCCAUGGUUCACUGCGAAGCUGAAUCUUCUGGCUCGAACUCACCACACAAGUGUCUUUGCCAUUCUGUUUUGUGGAGGCCUGAGGAUGGCUAUGUAUAAGUCUCAGAGGCUGGGGAGGAAGCUCUUUCCUGCCUUUCUUCUCCACACUUGAAAAACACACAGCGGGUGGGGUAGGGAAAGUUCCAUGAAUAAUAUCUCAGGGCCUGAUGGUUUGAAGUGGAAUCAUAAUUAGUUCCUCAUUUGCAUUUUGCUAAAUGUGAAUGAUAACCCUAGGCAUUUGCUGAUUAGAGAAGCAUUUCCCUCUGUAGAUCUCAGGACUCUGGGAGGGAAAAGUUGGGGAGUUAGGAUUGUGAUUCUUUGUGGUAGCUGAAAGGGGAGAGCAGAGCCUUGAAAAACCAA